AUGGCAGCUCCCACAUCGGCCGCCGCCAAGCCGUUCGACAUUGUCGCGACCUACAAUGACUUGCUCCGCUCCGACCCCGACCUGACUAUGCCAAUUGCAGCUAUCGAAGCUCUGGUACUACUCCUUACAAACUCUCCCUCCUCGACGAUAUCCGAGACGCUCGACCUUCUCGAGAAAUCUACUGCACACCUGAAACAGUCGAUUCCGAACCCCAUUGGUCUCUCCGCUGGAACCGACCUCUUCCAGCGGUACCUGAUCACUACCCUGCAGAGACCCGGACAGCUCGGGCCCGCAGGUGAUUUCAACGCGAUUAGGGCGCAUCUUCUGUCCAACGGACGGUUGUUCAUUAGACGUGCGAAGGAGAGUCGAGACAAGAUCGCGGCGUUUGGACGAGGCUUUGUACGCGAUGGAAGCACAGUUUUGACGAACGGAGGAUCGCGAGUUGUCGCUUCGUUGCUACAGAAGGCCGCGGAUGAAAAGGGCGGCCCAUCGGCAGUGCGGUUCAAGGUGAUCUAUGUCCUGUCAUCGGCGAAGGGUACUGGUGCGCAUUCCGAUGAGCCGGAGGGUAUGGAGACUGUGCGCGCUCUCCGGGCGAAGGGAGUUCCUGUCGCUACGAUCCCGGAGUCGGCUGUUGCAUACUCGAUGGGCAAGGCCGAUACUGUCAUUGUCGGUGCUGAGGGUGUGGUUGAAAACGGUGGAAUCGUGUCGCGCAUGGGAACCUACCAGAUUGGUCUUCUUGCUAAGGCUAUGGGCAAACCCUUCUACGUUGUGGCGGAGAGCCACAAGUUCGUCCGUAUCUACCCGCUCAGCCAGUAUGAUUUGCCGAUUGAGCAGCGCGUGAUCGAUUUCAAGACUGAAGAAGAUGUUGCCGACGAGGCGAAGCAACAGCAAGCUUUGUCUACGGAUGCAGCUGUUGCCAAGGCCGUCAAAACGGCAGACAGUGCUGAUGUAGUUGACUUCACUCCCCCCCAUCUGAUCUCUGCCUUGAUUACCGACAGCGGUGUCUUGACGCCAAGUGCGGUCAGUGAGGAGCUGAUCAAGAUUUGGUUCUAA